CACCAAACAGAUCGUCCGGCCAGUGCUUGUGUAAGGGGGCGCGGAGAGUGCCUGGUUGCAGCCUCCGCCUUGGACCAUGGUCUGCGGGGGCGGAGGGAGGAUCGGCGCCUCUGCCGCAGCCGCUGUGUUGUUCUUGGGGCUCCGAUCGGGUUUGCCGCAAUUUCGCACCCACUUCCUCCACACCGAGUUUGAAAGCAGAGCAUCCAAGGUUAUCUCACAAGCCAGCAUGAAGGUGGAGCUGCUCCCGGCCCUCACAGACAAUUACAUGUACCUGCUCAUCGACGAGGACACCAAGGAGGCUGCCAUAGUUGACCCUGUGCAGCCCCAGAAGGUUGUGGAUGCAGUCAGGAAACAUGGAGUGAAACUGACCACUGUCCUUACUACGCAUCACCACUGGGACCACGCUGGUGGCAAUGAGAAACUUGUAAAGAUGGAGCCGGGGUUACAAGUGUACGGGGGAGAUAGCAGGGUUGGAGCCUUGACCCAGAAAGUCUCUCAUCUUAUGUCAUUUCAGGUUGGAUCUCUUAACGUGAAAUGCCUGUCGACUCCCUGCCACACCUCUGGGCACAUUUGCUAUUUUGUGACCAAGCCAAACAGCUCUGAGCCGCCUGCUGUGUUCACAGGUGACACGCUGUUUGUUGCAGGCUGUGGGAAGUUCUUUGAAGGAACCCCGGAGGAAAUGUACAGAGCCCUUAUUGAGAUCUUGGGGCGACUCCCUCCAGAAACGAAAGUCUACUGUGGUCACGAAUACACCGUCAACAACUUAAAGUUUGCCCGGCAUGUUGAGCCCAACAACAGCGCGAUCCAGCGAAAACUCUCAUGGGCAAAGGCAAAAUACGAUAGUGGGGAGCCAACCAUCCCGUCGACCAUUGGUGAAGAAUUCACCUACAACCCCUUCAUGAGAGUCAGGGAGCCGACAGUGCAGCAACAUGCCAGGGAAGGAGACCCCAUCCGGACAAUGGGUGCCAUCCGAAAAGAGAAGGACAACUUCAAAGUGCCAAAAGAGUGAAAUCCCAGCCGCUUCCCUGCUUCCCACCCCCCCUUUCCCCCCUAAAGUUGAUUUAGUUAAGGAAAAUGAAAUUUCUCAUUGCUCUGUUGUGUUACAAAUAAUUCAUGUCUAGGGAUCUUUUUUGUUUUUGUCUUAAAAGGAGGUGUAAACAAAGCACUUUGCUCUUAUAGGAUAUGUCCUAUAAGCUAUUUAAAAGAUGUUUAAAUUUUAUUUUUUCUUGUAUUCCUGGAUUUGAACCACUGUGUAAAAGUAAGUUCGUUUUUAUUUUUUUAUUUUUUGAGGGGUGCAUGGGACUUGGGGGAGGAGCGACCUGGUUGUUUCAUAGGUUGUCAGGACAAAAUUCAGAUCAACUUUUUGCCCUUGCUUGUUUUGACUUCAGGGGAAAUGUUUGCACCCUCUGCCUCAGAUUGAAAAGUGGAUCUGUGCUAAUUGAUUUUUUAAAAAUCUUCUCCAUGCAUCAGUUGCUUGAAAACCCAUUUUGGGAAAAAUCCCCCUGGCUUUGUGAGGCUUGGAAUGAACCUUCUUGAUUUCAGUCACAUUCACACCAUCCAUUUAAAGUGCCCUUAUCCCUCAUGGCUUCCCUCAAAGACUCCUAGGAACUGUAGUUGGUUAAGGCUGCCCAGGGUUAUUAGGAGACCCCUCACAGCAUCCUUAACUAACAAGAGUUCUCAAGAUUAUUUGGGGGAAGCCAUGGCUGUUAAAGUGGAAAAGGUAUGGUUUAAAAAGGUGGUGUGGAUCCCCACAUUGGCAGCAUAUUUCCCUUCCCCCAUCAUCCUGAGUUGUUGGCCCUGCUUGGAGUCCAGUAACAUCUGGAGGGCCACCGGUUCCCCAUCCUAAGCCAUGUCAGCAUGGGAACGAACAGCUUAGGGCACAACCGAAAAUCUGGGCGGGGGAGAGGAAUGUCGUGCUGGCUGCAGUUUUGUGGACUCUUCCAUCUUGCAAUGCCGCAGUUCUGCCACUUGGGGCCGAGGAGAGGGAGAAGGGAUGCUGGAUGAGCACGCUUGAGUAUCCAGGGAGAAACCCCUGUGCGGACAUGCCUCUAGCUAGCCAGCUGAGAGUACAGCAAGAUUGUGCCCCUGCUUUUGAAACAGCCAUAGUACAUGCACAUUGUCCAUGCUGAAGAUUAGCUGUGUGCUGAGUCACCAAUGCAGACAGCGCAGCAGCAAAACAUCGGCAUGGCGCACAGCGGAAAAUUGCCGUUGGGGCAAACAACUAAUCUAAACACAUCCGUUUGGCUGCAUUGUUCUUUUGGAUCCGGCAUCCCUAUCCAACUCUAAUGAAAAGCAGGAUCAACAGAUUAUGGAAUCGAGAGAAGGUCUGACCACCCCACUCUCCCCCAUCUCCCUUUUCUAAAAGAAAGCUGUGUUUUUUGACACUGGUAUCAUUUUCUUUUGAGUGUGUCUACACUGCACUUUAAACAGAAGUCCCUGGACCUUUUUAAUGGGUGUGGCUCCCAACCAAGGAACUGUGGGAACUGGAAGUUAGUUUGAGGAAGCGGAGGACACUUCUACACAGUGUACUGCAGCUCCCAGAGUUCUUUGCAGGAGGAACCAGUGAGAGUUAAAAUGCCUUUGACAGCACUGUAUACCUUUUUACAGCUCACAUUGGGGCCAAGAAACCCCUCCAGAUGGACAACCCACUUGCCAGCCCCACUCAAAGCGCACCCUGUGUUCCUUGUUGAUUCAGCUGACUCGUGUACAUACCUACAUAUGUGUAUAUACAGAAAACUAAUAUAUUGCUAUAAAAGAGAGUUAAGAAGAUCAAAGAAGUGUCACCAGUAACAAAGGCCAACUCAUUUUAAAGCUGUUGCAGCUUCCGAGACCCCUCCCAGAACCCACGGAAUUGGGGUCUCGUGAAGGCAGUGCAGUAUUGAGAUUCCAAGAAGCGAGGAAUGUUGUAAAAAAAGUUGAAAAGAGAGUGUACCCCCCCCACCUGGAACUAUGGAACUGGGGAUAAUUUAGAGGUGAAGGGGGUCUUGCCUGCCCCUUUCUAAAAGCCACUGUAUAGUGGCUUCCCAAUCUGGCGCCCUCCAUGUUUUUGACUACAACUCCCAUUGUGGUCCCAGGUGACAACUGAUGGGAGUUGUGGUUCAAAACAUCUGGAAGGCACCAAGCAGUCUGCUUUAGCUACUGCUGCGACUGUGUGCACCCACCAGCCAUGAGUGGCUGAUUGGGGCUGCCACAGCAAGAGAAACUACAUAGCCAUGUUGCUCUUCUUUGCCCAGGAAGCAUUAAAAGAAUGCUGCCAUCUAGUGGUGUGGAGGUAUGCAGCUGCCUCAGGUGUAAAUUGUGUGGGAGCCUUUUAUUUCAAAUGUUGACAAUGGUGUCCUGCUCUGCCAAUAAACAUCUCUUGCACUAA